AUUGGCCGAGGUGGAUUCAAGAGUGCCCAUCCUGGGUGGUUAACACUUGCAUCACACAUUCCUACAACCGGACUAGGUUCAAUCCCGCAUCAGAAAGUCGUAGUCAAGAGACCUUUCAUUAAGAUAUUUCCUCCAAGUGGACCAUCGGCAGGCACAUACAAAGUUGGACGCUACGCUGUGGCCGACGAAUUGUCCAAGCAGUUCAAGGAAGCCAAUGUCCUGUACUGGGCAAAUUCAUUGUUAGAUCUUACCUACGCCUUCGUUAACCGUUGUGUCGCGGCCUCGUCAGCCCCCCCUCCUUUUGAGAUUCCACAUCUUCGUUUCGUUCAUGCUGGACUCGCACUGUCCUUCCUACCUGGCCAGAUGAUCGUUACUAAACCGGGUGCUAAACCAUGCUCCGUCCGCGCUGCAUUUCUGUUAGAGGAGCUCAUUCCAGGUGGGCCAGAUGCCUUUGUGAAAUUCAUUCACAACACGGACUGUGAUCCGCUCCUUGAUCCUGACGAGGAUGGGUACAGUACAGCGCUUUUCCUAGCAUUUACUCAACACGUUCAGUAUGAGAAGACGGGGGGAUUGGCAUACAUCUCCGACUAUCAGGGUGCAUAG